GUCAGCCAAUGAGCUGAAUAGUCAGAAGCCUGUUUUAAGUAACUCUGCUGGAAGAGGGCUUUGGUCUCUUGUAGUCUCUUUCAUCAAGAAAGAAUCGCAAGGUGUAUAAGUGUCGCGAGAGAGCUGUUGCUCCCAAAAAAAAAAAAAAAAAAGAAAAAAAAAUAUAUCCUCUCAUUUAGCCAAUGAUACAUGUUAAUCAACGAGUUACAAAAAUUAUCGAAAAUUUGUGUCAGUUUAACGUGUAAAAGAAAAAAAAAAUCCGAAGGAAAUCAUCAGUAAAUUUUGGUGAACGACCGUGAGCGCAUUUUUUUUUCGCCACGGAACAAAUCAUGAAGUUUCAUAAAACAUUUUAUCUUUGCUUAUUAUUCUUUAUUUUAGCCUCUGUUAAUGGUCAAAAAGCAAAAAAAGAAGAAGAGAAAAAAGACGAGGAAUUCAAAUGUCCAGAGGGUCAAGGAAAUGGAAAUUUCGCAGAUCCACAAACUUGUAGAAGAUUUUAUCAGUGCGUUGAUGGAUAUCCAUAUUUGAAUAGAUGUCCAUCAGGUCUUCAUUUUGAUGACAUCAGCAAAUUUUGUACAUUUAAAAACGAAGCCCGAUGUGGUCCAAUAGCAACAACCCCAGCUCCUGCAACUGAACCACCCACCGAUUUAGCAGAACGAUGUGAUACUUCAAAGUGCAUUCUUCCCUAUUGUUUUUGCUCUAGAGAUGGAACAAUUAUUCCCGGUGGUUUUCAACCAAAAGAGACACCACAAAUGAUAAUAAUGACAUUUGAUGGAGCGAUAAAUCAUAAUAAUUUUGAUCAUUAUCAAAAAAUAUUUUCCCAAGAUCGUUUAAAUCCAAAUAAUUGUCCAUUAAAGGGGACAUUUUUUAUUUCACAUGAAUAUUGUAAUUAUAAUAUGGUUCAAAGUCUCGCUCACGAUGGACAUGAAAUUGCAACCGAGACAAUAUCACUUCAAAAAGGUUUAGAAGACAAAGGCUAUGAGGAAUGGGUUGGCGAAAUGAUUGGAAUGAGAGAAAUUCUCAAACAUUUUAGUAAUAUUUCAAGUUCCGAAAUUGCUGGAAUGAGAGCACCUUAUUUAAAACCAGGACGUAAUACACAAUACAGUGUUAUUGAAGAUUUUGGUUAUAUUUACGAUAGUAGCAUUGGAAUUUCACCACUCAAAGUUCCUAUUUGGCCUUAUACACUCGAUUAUAAAAUACCACAUGAAUGUAAAUCAGGAACAUGUCCCACAAGAUCAUUUCCGGGAAUUUGGGAACUACCUUUGAAUGCGCAUUACGUUGAGACCUAUGAAGGUGGUCAUUGUCCAUAUCUCGAUCAAUGUGUACUUCACAAUCACGAUCCACAGGAAGUUUUUGAAUGGCUUCAAGAAGAUUUCAAUCGAUAUUAUGAACAAAAUCGAGCGCCUUAUAUGAUGACCUUUCACACAAAUUGGUUUCAAAUUAAAGAACUCGAACGAGGACUUCAUAAAUUUUUAGACUGGGCAGUUGAACAACCCGAUGUUUAUUUUGUAACUGCAACGCAAGCAUUAAAUUGGAUAACAGAUCCAAGACCACUCAAGGAAUUAGAUUAUUUUUCAGGAUGGUCCUGUACAAAAAAAGAAAAUAUUCCCGGACCACCUUGCAAUAAUCCCAAUAAAUGUGCAUUGGACUUUAAACCACCAGAGUCUAAUUUUACUUCAACCAGAUAUUUGGAAGCAUGUAGAGAAUGUCCAAAUAAAUAUCCCUGGGUGGGAGAUGCAAAAGGCACAGGAUAUUCAAAUGACAUUUACAAUCCUGAGAAAAUAAAAUAAAAUUUUUUUUUUUUAGACUUCGCGCCUUUGUACAAAGUAACGCCGUUUCCAUUCAAGAAACCCCUCCCCCCCCGUAAGUGAUGAGGAUUAAAAAUCGACAACGAGACAAUUUUAUAUUAUCGAAGAAAAGCGUAAAAAUUUUUUCACAAAUUUUUCGCAAAUUUAGUGUCGAUUGAAUCUUUAAAUAUUUUUUUUCGAAUCCAUUGUCGAGGAUUCAUUUUGUUAGACUGUUUUUUUUUUCUUUCUUUUUUUUUUUACCUGGUGCAUGAGAGUGUGUGUUAAAUGCAAUAUUGUAAUAAAUAAAAAUCUGUUGCUCAAAUUCAGUUUAUAGAAAAAAAAAAAAAUAACAUCAAAGUCACAAAAAAUGAAAAUAAAUUUUUUUUUUUGAAAAAAAGGAAA